AGGAGCCAAACCCUCGCGCUGCUCUGAGUUAGUUUCCUAAAUGUAGCGGUCGAGGCUCUGACUGUGUGUGUGUGUCCACCGGAGACACUUUGAUAGAAAACUCUCCGUGUUUACAGACGCGUCGGGAAGGGCACAUGGAAUCUCAGAGCUAGAGGAGGAACUGUUGUCUGUAAAAAUCGUUUCCCCCGUGUCCAUCCUCCAAGUUUCAGGUUGAAGAGGAGUUCCUCCUCCUGCCAGGAGACAAACCAAACUCUUUCAGCAAGCCAUGCAAAACUGAUACUGAAGCAACAAAGCUGAGAGUGGAACUAUGUGUUAAGGAUUUUCUGCUGAACUCUUGACUACCUGGAGCCCACUUUCAUUCUUCUUCAGCUGUUGGAGGAAGUUGUUUUGGCAAUGGGGAGGAAGAAGAUCCAGAUCACCCGGAUCGUAGAUGAGAGGAACCGCCAGGUGACUUUCAUGAAGAGGAAGUUUGGUUUGAUGAAGAAGGCCUAUGAGUUGAGCGUUCUUUGUGACUGUGAAAUCGCCCUCAUCAUCUUCAACAGCUCCAACAAGCUGUUUCAGUAUGCCAGCACCGACAUGGACAAAGUCCUACUGAAAUACACCGAGUACAAUGAACCCCACGAGAGCAGAACCAACUCUGACAUUGUAGAGGCCCUGAACAAGAAGGAGCACAGAGGCUGCGACAGCCCCGAUGCUGAUGCCUCCUACGUCCUCACCCCCAAUACUGAGGAGAAAUACAAGAAGAUUAAUGAAGAGUUUGACAACAUGAUGAAGAGUCAUAAAAUUCCCACAGGCCUCCCACAGCAGAACUUCAUGCAUGUAGCACCAGGCAGCAUGUUGUACGGCUCCGGUGCAGGAGGGGGAGGAGGAGCGACCUCCCAAGCUCUAGCUGCAGCCACAGCAGCUCUGGCUGACAGUGGGAUCCUCUCCUCGCCUCACACACACCUCCACAGAAACAUGAACUCACCACAUAGACCUUCCAGCACUGGGAACACAGGUGGCCUGCACAGCAGUUCUGAUCUGACUCUGCAAAAUGGGUCUGGACCAGUUGUGAACGGUUUUGUGGGCUCACCUGGUGGAAGCAGCUUGGGGAAGAUUAUACCACCCAAAUCUCCUCCUCUUCCACCUCCUGGGAACAGCCUGGUCCCUACCAGCCGCAAGACAGACCUCCGGGUGGUCAUCCCUCAGUCCAAAGGAAUGAUGCAAACACUGAGUAACCAGAGGCUGAGCAGCAGUCAGUCCAGCCAGCCUCUGUCCACCCCAGUGGUCUCCAUCACCACACCCAGUCUGUCUCACCAGAGUCUGGUCUACUCCGGCAUCAGCUCGGCCUACAACAAUGAUUACUCCCUGAACAGUGCAGAGCUGUCAGGUUUCAGCUCCCCUGCAGGCCCCUCUUUGGGCUCCAUGGCGGCAUGGCAGCAACACCAGCUGGGCUCACUGGGGUCGGGGACGUCCAGUCUCUCCAUCAGCACCAAUCACAAUAUCAACAUCAAAGCCGAGCCUAUCUCCCCGCCCCGCGACCACCUCAGCCAAUCAGGCUACAUGACUCAGGCUCAUCCCCCUCCUCAUCAUCACUCCUCCACCUCUUCAUCCAACAGAGCAGAGAUGGGGAGGUCUCCUGCAGACAGCAUCAGCUCCUCCUGCAGCUCCCACGAGGGUGGCAGUGACCGGGAGGAGCAGCAGCGCCAGGACUUCCACUCGCUCCCUGCGAGUCGGACAGAGAGUCCGUCAGUCAAGCGAAUGCGAAUGGACAGCUGGGUGACAUAAACCCUUUAGUCACGUGACGACACGACACCAGGGCAAACACAGGAAGGACACUGUUAUGAAAAUGAAAUGUGGAUUUUAUUGAUGUGUUAUUUUUUAUUAAGCUAUUUCUGUUUGUUUGUUUGUUGUUUUCUCAGAUUUUUCAGAAGGGUUUUGCAAAAUUAGUCUGAAAAAAAUCCAGAUCUGUCAGAAUCAUUUCAUUAACUUUCAGAAAAUCUUCAGUGGUAAAACACAACAGGCCGUCCUUUUUAAAAUAUAAAUCUUUUAAGCAUCACAGACUGAUAAUGUGGGUCCAAUUGCAGUACAAUCUAUCCCUCUCUUAUUCAGUGGGAUGCAGUGCAGUUCACAGGAGAAGAGAAAAUGUCUCCCUCUGGGUGUCACCCAAUUCAUUUCCGAUAUUCUCAGGGUUCGAAACAUUGAAUGAGUCAAACAUGAAAGCAAUACUUCCCCCGCAUCACCCCUGUUACUGCUCUUUAUAAAGACACUUAUUUAUAUCAGCCAUAGCAGUAUGCUGUUUUUAUGUUGUUUGUGUGUGUUUUUAUAUUUUGCACAGAAUAAGACAAUAUUUCAUUCAGAUUUGAAACUGAAAGCCAUGGACACUUGUUCUGUAUGUACUACCGAAAUGUGUCGUUUUGUUUUGUAUAUACCAUCUUUAAUAUAUAUCACUUUUUGGUGUAACUAUA